AUUAUUAUAAUGUAAUGUUUCGAAACUAUUAGAGAUUUCUGUAGUGGAGAUAAAUAAAAUUAAAGAACAACAUGCUAAAAUAGGGCGUUAUUUGCCUAAAUAAAUGAGAAAAUAAUUCUUUCUGACAUUGAUUAUUUUCCUGAAGAAAAAGAAAAAUUGUACCUUUUUUUGCCUGAUAAUGAAGAAGAUGAAGUCAAUGAUGAAGAAAAAAAUCAUUAAUAGUAUAAAAAAGAAGAUGAUAUUUAAUAUAAUUAGGUUCCCGAAAGUAGAAAAAAUUAAGAUUAAUAAUUUAAAAAAUAAAAAAAUUCUAAUAUUCUACAUAUAUUAAAAAAUAUUAAUAAUUAUGAAGCUUAGAAAAAAAGAAAUGCUUUUAAAGAAAAAUAAUAAAUUGAAACAUAAAAUAAUUAAAAAAAUUUCAAAAAAUCCUCCUUUUUUAACAUUUCAUAGAUAUUGAAAUAAGUCUUUGGUUUUUUUUUUUUAUUAUAUAUAUUAUUUUAUAAAAUAUAUAUAUAUAUAUAUAUUAUUUAUUUAGAUGUUAUAGGUGUAUAUAAGAAAAAUUAUUUUUAUAAAACUGAUGAAUUUUAUAAGUUUUAUAAUAGAUUUACUGGCAAAAUUGAAGUUUUAUAAUAAAAUGAAGAAUUAACUAAUGUUUAUUUCAAAAAGCCUUUCUCUUGUUUAUUUAUGACACCAAAUAUAUAAGAACAUUUAGUAAUUAAAAUAAAAACAAACUAAAAAUUUUAAUUUAUUCUAUUUUUGUUAAAAAAAAAAAAGAUAUUUAAAGCCGAUAGAGAUAAUGACUAAGACAGAGUUAAAUAUUUAUUAAUAAAUUCAAAAUUCUAUUACUCGUAAAUGAAUAGAAAAUAAGAAAUAACAAAAAACUAUCCUUUAAUAUCUAUAUUAGCUAAUAAUUGGCGAUUUUUUAAAGAUUUAUCAUAUAUAUUAGUUAUAUUAAUUACUAUAAUAACCAUGGUAAAAUAACAACAUCAAGAAGAAAAUGACUAAGCAAAUUUAGUAUGGGACAAUUCAAUAAACUUAUUAUUUUCUAUUUCUUAAUUAAUAAUAAGUUUCAUUGUUGUUGUAUGUUGUGCAAUUGAAAGAUAUCCAAUUUCAAUUCAUUUGUUUGUAUAAAGUUAAAAUUUUUAGAAUAUUUAGAACAUUCGUUAAAUUUCAGGAUUUCAAAAGAAAAAUAUAUUGAAUUACUAUUCACGAUUUAUGAAUAUAUUUUAGAGAUAGUUAACUCCAGAAAAUGCCAAAAAUAACUAUUUGGUAAGAUUUAUUUUAAUUUCAUUGGAUUUUGAAAAUAUAUAUAAUUGCAUAUAUUUCCUGUUGACAGUAUUCGCAGUUACAUUGAGUGAACAUGCGAUGAUUUAUGGAUUUUUACUUCUUGAUAUUAUUAAAAAAAGUGAAGAUUUGUAAAAUGUAAUUUCUUCGAUUACUACUAAUGCCUAUAAUUUACUUUAAUUUGCAUUUCUGGGAGUAAUUAUCAUCUAUACUUAUGCUAUUUUAGGGUUUACGUAUUUUAGUGAAUAUUUUGAUCAAGAAAAAGGGGCGGAUGCGUCAAUUUUUAUGUUUACUAUUACUUCUACUAUUAAAGAAGGGUUAAGAAAUGGAGGAGGUAUUGCUGAUUCCUUAAAGUUUGUAGAUACAAAAAAUGAUCCAAAAAAUCUUUUGUGGCCAAGAUAUUUUUAUGAUUUAACCUUUUUUGUUAUUAUUAAUAUGCUUUUUAUUUAAAUUAUUUUUGGUAUAAUACUUGACACUUUUGGUUCAUUAAGAAAUGAAAGAUAAAAUUUACUUAGUUUAAUUAAUGAAAUUUGUUUUAUUUGUGGGUAAACUAGAGCUCAUAUUGAUGCUUAUAAUAAAAAAGGAUGGCAUCAUCAUAUAUGUUGUGAACAUAAUAUUUAUAAUAUGUUAUAUUAUAUUAUUUAUGUCAGUAAUAAAAAUAAUAACGAAUGUGAUGGUUUAGAGAGUUAUAUAAAAGAAUAAAUUCAAGAAAAUAAUAUAAAUUUUAUCCCUAUAUAAAGAUCAAUAUAAGAAGAAUUAUAGAAAAACUUACAAAAAUAAAAUGAUAAAUAAGAUUGA